AUGAAAGAGCUGGCGGCUAAAAUAAAUGGUCAAAACUCGGACAGCCAGUCCAGUGUGGCGCAGCAGUCUCUGUCUGACGGAGAGGACCAUCUGGAGCGCCUCCAGCAGGUGGAGCUCUCGCGCGCUCUGCCCAUCUCCGUGUGGAAGGCCGCCACCAUCCACGCCUGGCUCGACGUCGUCAUGGCAAUGCCCAUGUACUCACGCACCUGCACCGACAACGUCAAGAGUGGGAAGGUCUUACUGGGACUCACAGAUGAGGAUCUGGAGCUGGGACUGGGCAUCAACAACCCCCUGCACCGCAGAAAACUACGCCUCGCCAUAGAGGACUACAGACAGGCAGAGCAGAAUGGCCAGGGGCUGUGUAAGGCGUCGGAGAUGGACACCCACUGGGUGUGUAAGGUGUGGCUGGGGGAGGUGGGGUUGCCGCAGUACGGCCAGGCGUUCCAGAGCCAGCUGGUGGACGGACGCACGCUGGGCUCUCUGACGCGCAGAGACCUGGAGAACCUCCUCACCGUCUCGGACCAGCAGCACCAGAACAGCCUGCUGCUCGCCAUCCAGCUGCUGCACAUACUCAACUUCGACAGAGAGGCUCUCCAGAUGAGGAGGAGUCAGUGUGAGGAGAAGAGUGUGGAUCCUCUAGUCUGGACGACACAGCGCGUCAUCAAGUGGAUCAGAGACAUCGACCUCAAGGAGUUUGCGGACUCUCUGCUAAACAGCGGUGUUCAUGGAGCCCUUAUGGUCAUGGAUCCGUCCUUCAACGCCGACUCACUGGCCAAGACUCUGGGCAUCCCCACACACAGACACAUGCUGCUACGCCAUCUCCACGAGGAGCUGAACACACCCCUCUCACCUCUCACAGAGGCAUCCAGCCGCAGGAGUGUGAAAAGCAGAGCACCCCCACACACUCCCCCGCCAACACACACUCUCCCGCCAACACACACUCUCCCGCCAACACACACUCUCCUGCCAACACACACUCUCCCGCCAACACACACUCCCCCGCCAACACACACUCCCCAGCAAAGACACACUCCCCAGGUGCCAUGAUACGCCUUUCUGAGGAACGCAGCUCACUUCGACAGACAGCUGGAAAGAGUCCCUUGAAGUUCAUUCCCAGGUUCCCUGGGGGGCGGGCCUUGAGUUUCCAUGGAGACGAGCAGGUCAAGGCUCCACCCCGCAACAAAGGCAGCCCCUUACACACACACACACACACACACACACACAGCAGCCC